AUGGCGGAGGCGGAGGUGCCGGCCGGCACCUUCCCCAGCUUCGUGGCCGAGGGGACGCUGCUGGUCCGGCGGGGCGAGCACGACAAGGCGCUGCCUUGCUUCACCAACGCGCUGCAGCUACGACCAGGCGACAAGCACUGCCUAGUUGCCCGCUCAAAAUGUUACCUUAAACUUGGAGACACAGAAAAUUCCCUCAAAGAUGCAGAAGCUUCGCUCCAAAACGACAAAACAUUCUCCAAGGGACUUUAUCAAAAAGCUGAGACUCUAUAUACCAUGGGUGACUUUGAAUUUGCAUUAGUGUUCUAUCAUCGAGGCUACAGACUACGUCCAGAACUACAGAAAUUCAGACUGGGUAUCCAGAAAUCCCAGGAGGCAAUUGUUAACUGCAUUGGAAGUCCAUCCUCAGUUAAACUGGAGAAUAAAGAGGACCUCUGCUUUUUAAGCAGGCAGGCAGAGAGCAAAAAAGCAAAACAGAAAGUCCAAGUCAAACUGACCAAGGAUCAAAAGCGGACAAGCAAACAGGAGCGUGUUAGGAAUCCACAAAUAGAGCGACAGCUUCUCGGAGAGCUUUAUGCUGACAAGGUUUAUCUAGAAAAACUGCUCAAGGAUGAAGACUUGAUGAAGAGCACCACAAAGGAAGGGAUCAAAGUAAAGGACCUAGUUUUGAGUGGCAUUACCUACCUGGACACACGUACAGAAUUCUGGCAGCAGCAGAAGCCUAUUUAUGCCCGAGUGAGAGAGCGCAAGCUCAGGCAGCAAAGGUGGAUCCGAGACAAGAAACGAAAACCAACUGAGGUUGCCAGAUAUAUUGUGAAGAGUAUGGAAGACAUUGACAUGUUGCUGACUGGUGGCUCCCCAGAAGAAAGCUGUAAGAAAGCUGAGCAUGUGCUAAAGACAAUAAAAGGAUGGUCAGAUGACGAAGUUCCCAACAAGAAUGAACUGAUUGGAAACCUCCAUAACUGCAUUGGGAAUGCUCAGAUAGAGAUGGGCCAGAUGGAUGCAGCUUUGCAAAGCCACAAAACUGAUCUGGAAUUUGCCAGGCAGAACAAUCUGCCGGAUGCCAUAUCCAGAGCGCUUGAUAACAUCGGCAGAGUUUAUGCCAGAAUCGGCAAAUUCCAGCAAGCUAUUGACACUUGGGAGGAGAAGAUUCCAAUGGCAAAAUCCAGCCUGGAGAAGACCUGGUUGUUCCAUGAAAUUGGCCGAUGUUACCUUGAACUGAAUAAAGCUGAAGAAGCCCAGAAUUAUGGAGAGAAGUCCCUACAGUCAGCAGAUGAGGAGGGAGAUGUUGAGUGGCAACUCAAUGCUAGUGUACUGGUGGCACAAGCACAAGUAAAAUUAAAGGAUUACCAGGCUGCAAUCAUCAACUUUGAAAAAGCACUUGAGAAGGCAAAGCUUAUUCACAAUGAUGAGGCUCAACAGGCCAUCAUUAUUGCCUUAGAUGACGUGAGCAAAAGCUUCAUCAAAGAGUUGAAAGAAGGAGAAAGAGAAAUGACAGCUGAUUCUUCUAAAGACGAUGAUUGCAGCAGUGAAUACACAGAAGACAGCUCCAAGAAGAACACAGAGAGAGAGGAAAGUGAGGAAAGUGACCAAAGCAUUGAGAAUCAGACAAAUGAAAAGCAAGAGGAAGAUGCUGAGAAGAACAAUGAAGAGGAGUACGGAAAUGAUAAAGAGGAGGGAAAUGAACAAGAAAACGAGGAGUGCAAGAGCAAUGAGGAAGAUGAUGAUUAUGAUGAAGAAGAAGAAGAAGAAGAGGAGACUAGCAUGGGGGAAAGGGAAGAUGAGGAUGAAGAGCAGCACGACUCCGCAUCCGAGUAGAGUAGCAAUUCCUGAGGA